GUCCCCAAGACUUGACAAGUCGGCGUUCAGGCGUCGGUUGGGAAUCCGCUCUCGUGGGCCUGUGUCAAGAACUGCGGAGUAAACUCGGGGGUUUUAAUUGUAGUUUUGGACAAAAAGGUCGAACGCGGCGCCGAGGCGCAACAGCUGCCCGGUACCACACCACCCCCCUCCCGGUACCGCUGGAUUUACGGGCGCUUUCAGCGGCCGAAUAAUCCCGAAGGACGGACUCCGGAAAAGAAGUACGAAUUUACUGAAUCGAGUACAAAGUUUGCGGGCAGAAGUUGCGGCCGGCGGCGGCGGAGUGCGCCACUUCUCCGGGGUCUUCUUAGGUAUGCCUGUGGUCAUCAGUGUGUCUUCGGACAGGUAACCAGGUGUGUUGCUGCUGUCAUGGCCGCCACGCAAGCCCUGCGACUGUGGCUUGUAGUCGUGGUCAUGGUCCCGGUGGAGCUGGUGUCGUCCUCACAGGACCACGAGUGGCACUUUAACUCAGCCCAGUGUCGUUAUGCCCUGGGGAUGGAGGAUGGUACCAUCCCUGACUCUGACAUCACCGCCUCCAGUGCCUGGUCAGACUCCACUGAGGCCAAACAUGGAAGGUUGAGCACCGGGGAGGGGGAUGGAGCGUGGUGUCCGGCAGGGUCGGUUUUCCCCAGCGGAUCAGAGUAUCUCCAGGUGGAGCUGCAUACCCUCCACUUCCUGUCCCUGGUGGGCACGCAGGGUCGCCAUGCCGACGGCCAUGGCAGGGAGUUCGCCCGCAGCUAUCGGCUCCGCUAUUCCCGAGACGGAGUGAAGUGGAUCACGUGGAAAGACCGCUGGGGCCAGGAAGUGGUGUCGGGGAAUGAGAACACCUAUGACGUGGUUCUGAAAGACCUGGGCCCCCCCAUCGUGGCCCGCAUGGUGCGCUUCUACCCCCUGGCCGACCGGGUCAUGAGCGUUUGCCUGCGGGUGGAGCUUUAUGGCUGUGUGUGGAACGAUGGACUGAAGGCCUAUACAGUUCCAGUGGGUCAUGUGAUGAACUUGUCUGGCAAGCCUGUCUACCUGAAUGACUCCACCUAUGAUGGCAGCACAGAGCAAGGGAUGCAGUUUGGCGGCCUUGGCCAGCUGUGUGACGGUGUCCUGGGAGGGGACGACUUCAUAGAGACCAAGGAGCUGAGGGUGUGGCCCGGCUACGACUACCUGGGCUGGAGCCGAGAUGCCCUUGGGCAAGGCAGCGUGGACAUUGAGUUCCACUUUGAGAAAACCCGCCUCUUCCACACCAUGCAGGUGCACAGCAACAACCGCCACACCCAGGGCGUGCGAGUCUUCAGUAAGGUGGAGUGUCUGUUCAAGUCCAGCCUCCUCCAGCCCUGGUCCUCCCCGGCCCUCUCCCUAGCCGUGCCCUUAGAGGAUUUGAAGGACCCGUCCUCGCGGCCCAUCUCACUCCCCCUGGGUGGCCAGCCGGCUCAGAUCCUCCGUUGCAAGUUCUUCUUCGCUGACCGCUGGCUGCUCAUCAGUGAGAUCUCCUUCUUCUCUGAGCCGUUUGAAGAUACCACAGAGACUGGCUCAUUUCCUCCUUAUCUUCCUCCUGCUCCACCUCCCCCCUACACCACAGGUUCUACUCCCACUGCCCUCCAAACCUCCACCAUUCCCACAUCUAGCUACACCUCUAGCAACACCACUGGCCCCUCGGAACCCCCCACCACCAACUUCAUGAUGGACCUCACUGGUAACAACACACUGUCAGGGCCCAGCUUUGCCGCAAUGACUCCGAGGGCUGGAGUUCCCGUAACCAAGGAUGACAGCAGCAACACCGCCAUUCUGAUCGGCUGCUUGGUGGGCAUUAUACUCCUGCUGUUGGCUGUCAUAGUGGUCAUUCUGUGGCGGCAGUACUGGAAAAAGAUACUGGGCAAGGCCCAGGGUAGUCUGUCCAGUGAUGAGCUGCGCGUCCACCUGUCCGUCCCCUCAGACAACGUGGUCAUCAACAACACGCACAGCUACUCCAGCCGCUACCAGCGCAUACAUACCUUCCCUGAUGACCGCGACCGAGACAGGGAAGGGGAGGGGGAGUACCAGGAGCCCAGCGCCCUGCUACGACCAAGGGACCAACGGGACAGCACCGCCUUGCUGUUAAACAAUCCAGCCUAUCACCUGCUCCUGUCAGAUCAGAGACAAGGCUCGCGGCCCCUAGCCGUCGCCAGCACCUCUCACGCUCAGGAAAAGAGCCUCAAUGUGCCCCAGGCGUGUGGCUUGGACAGAGAUCUGGAGAAAGGUUUCAUCCCUACCCAGGAGGAGCCUCCUCCCUACCCCGGCUCUCCCCCCUACCCGUCUCUGUCUCCCCCCGUGUCCCCUCCCCUGCCCCCCAGCGUCCCCCACUACGCGGAGGCGGACAUCGUGAGCCUGCAGGGCGUCAGCGGUAACAACACCUACGCCGUGCCCGCCUUGACCUCGUCGAGUCCCGGGGCAGACGCCUCCCCGCUACCGGAGCUGCCUCGCCAGUGUCUCAUCUUCAAGGAGAAACUAGGAGAGGGACAGUUUGGGGAGGUGCACCUGUGUGAAAUCGAGAGCCCCCAGGACCUGCCCAACCUGGAAUUCCCCUUCAAUGUGAGGAAAGGUCGCCCUCUGCUGGUAGCUGUGAAGAUACUGCGCCCUGAUGCGUCUAAAAAUGCCAGGAACGACUUCUUGAAGGAAGUGAAGAUCCUGUCUCGGCUGAAGGACCCGAACAUCAUCCAGUUGCUGGGUGUGUGUGUGAGCAGUGACCCUCUGUGUAUGGUCACCGAGUACAUGGAAUGCGGGGACCUCAAUCAGUACCUGUCCCACCGAAUGCUGCUGGACAAGACCGGGCCCUCGCACAACACACAGACUAUCAGUUACCCAGCUCUCAUCUCCAUGGCCAGCCAGAUUGCAUCAGGAAUGAAGUUCCUGUCCUCCUUGAACUUUGUCCACCGGGACCUGGCCACCCGUAACUGCCUGGUGGGCGGGGAGAGGGGUGAGAGCGGAGGGGACCGGGGUGGGGAGCGUCCCAUCAAGAUAGCCGACUUCGGCAUGAGCAGGAACCUAUACGCUGGCGACUACUACAGGAUCCAGGGCAGGGCCGUGCUGCCCAUUCGCUGGAUGGCGUGGGAGUGUAUACUGAUGGGGAAGUUCACCACAGCCAGUGACGUGUGGGCAUUCGGGGUGACCCUGUGGGAGAUGUUGAGUGUGUGUCAGGAGCAGCCCUACUCCAACCUCACAGAUGAACAGGUCAUCGACAACGCCGGCGAGUUCUUCAGGGACCACGGCAGACAGGUGUAUCUGAGCAGACCCGCUGUGUGUCCCCAGGGUCUCUACGAGCUCAUGUUGAACUGCUGGAACCGAGACUGCAAGCUCCGCCCGUCCUUCGCCCACAUCCACUCCUUCCUCACCGAGGACGCUAUGAACAUGGUGUAGAAGCGAGCGCGUGCGAGCGCGAGAGGGAGGGUGGGGAACCGGAGAUAGAGACCGAGAGAGGCCACAAAGAGGGGGGACGUCUCCUGCCCCCUCAUGUCCUUGCCACAGUGGGGAGGAGGCUGAAUGAGCGAGGUGUAGUGGAGGUGCGCAGCGGAGGAAGGGGAGAAAGGGUUGUAUAUUUUGUAUUUCCUGGGUAGACAGGGCUAAGACACCGCUGGUUCGGUAUUCAUUUCCACCACAGACCCCCCCCCCCCCCCCAAUCCAUUCCCCACCCUGGGAGAAAAAAAAUCAAACCCUACUUUUACUCUUUACAUAGAUACUAGUCCACGCUACAUAUCACAAUGAAUGUAAUGCAAUAUGUUGGUGGUGGGUGCAGCCUGCAUAAGGAUCCUAAUACUGUCGUCUCUCGCGUACUAUUACUUCACAUACACAAGAUAUAGGACAGUUUGUUCGACUAAUGCAAAGUGCUGUAGCGUUAACGGUAGAGGAGGUAGCUGAAAAAAAGUUCAGUGAAAAAAUCAUAGGACCAUGCUAGCUAGCACUAUGAUCGCUGUAGCAGAAUAAUAGUUUUUACGGUUACAUGAAUUUGCUACUAAUCUUUUCAAAUACAACUAACAGGGUAACGGGUGAAGGUGUAGAAAAGUGCGCUGUAGACAUUUCUGAUGCCGAACACGGCAAACAAAACUCUGCAGAACACACUUUAUCUCUUAGUAGACACUGCACAGAUAAGGUUUGAUGUCUUAGUAUUUACAGUAUGUGUUCCCUGCGCGGGCCGUCGGCGGACCCCUGCGAGUACACUCGGCUCCAGGCCCGACGGCCCGGUAGUAUCGAGUCUCACAACCACGGCAGCCAUACAAACACAAAAUGAUGCUGCCCUGCUAGAAGUCUGUCUCCAUCCUCAGAGAUGGCGGAUCUAGUUUUCUAAAACCAUACCGGUAAGAUCAUCUCCCCUUUUUAAAAGCGCUC